AUGUCUUCCGAGUCCCGGGACGAUGCUAUCCGCGAAGCGAAGCGCUACGUCCGCGAAGUCGUCCAGAACGACUGGUCCUUUGAGUUUUCCGCGAAACCCGGCGCCCCGCCGCCAAAGUAUCCUGCAAACCCAGAGCCCACGGAAGUCCUCGAAUGGCGAGUCCGCGAAUACGACAGUUCAGGAUCUGAACUCGAGCCUCCAUUCUCCCCUAUCGGUAGUCCGGGGACCGAUGCAUUUGACGCCUCUUCGCCCCAAUCCGCGGGGUCGCGAUCGCGACGGCGCAAGCGCCGCAGGCAGAUGGAGGAGGAGAUGAGCUGGAAUGAAGGGCUGCGUACGUGGGUGGAGAGGCGGGAUGCGUGGUCAGGCGCUUUGUCUAGAGAGCAGGUUAGGACGUGGGAGCAGAAGCAGCAGCCGGUGUCUACGGUAGACAGUGAUGGGGAUAAGGAUAAUAGCGCCGCGACGACGUCGGAUACAGACGCCCAGAGCAUCCCGGCUUCUACGACAUCUCGUCCGUUUGCUAUUCCGGCUACGGGGGAAUCAUCAAAUCUUGCGUCGAGGACAGAGGCUUUGAAUAUCGCAGAUAACCAGGCUACCCUAUCUCAGGCUCAGCAACCUCAAGACCAGAGCAGCGACGUCCAGCCACCAGUCCCUGUCGAUGAUGCAAGCAGACCCGAACUCACCACCGACGCCAUCCCCGAAAUCCCAGACCUCCCCCAACCGCUCUCUUCCGCCGCAGCCGUUCCCACCGCAGACCCCCCAUCAACCACUACAACGACGCCUUCCACCCCCUCAUUAGAAGACCCCUUCCACGACCCGCUCAUCCCCGUCGUCCCCUCCCUCAUCGCAACGUCAAACCCCAUCCGCGCGUCCAUCACCCCUGCAAUGUACCCCUCCAUCUAUUCCAAGGUCGUCAUCCAAGGCCUCACGCCCACCGUGCCCAUUAACCUCGCCGACAUGACAAAGGCCAUGGUUCAGGGUUGGAAGGCAGACGGCCAAUGGCCACCGAAACCUCAAAACCUCGUGCUUACAGAUAACGCAACCGUUCGGCCGAGUAAUGCCUCUGCGACUAAGCACCCUGAUACCCCUGCCAUUCCGGCAUCAGCUCCAGGGGACAAGGAUAGGCCGAGCUCGCCCGAGUCAAAGCGCAAGUCAGGCAUUGCCAGUACAGUGCGCAAAGUCCUGCAUUUUUCGGGGUUCCAACAUCACCCGUUCCAUAGACGGGGCUCUUCAAGUCAGAAUUUCUCGCAUCCGGAGGACCCUGCGGGAGCUGGAGAGGGUUCCGCGGCAGCAGGGAAUAAUGAGCAGGCUCACAAAUAA